CGAACCUGUGAAAUCGGACAACACUGCAAUGUAUCAACAGAUUGUACUAGUGGAAUCUGUAAUAGCACCAAUCAAUGCGAUGGUAUGUGUCAUAUGUGAAAUAAUGUUUCAGCCUUAACCUUUUCUUUUUCAGGUCCAUCAUGUAGUGAUGGAAUUCUAAAUCAAGGUGAAGCUGAUAUUGACUGUGGAGGACCAUGUGCACCAGGUAAAACAUGUGAGAUUGGACAGCAUUGCAAUGUAUCAACAGAUUGUACUGGUGGAAUCUGCAAUAGCACAAAUCAAUGUGAUGGUAUGUGUUGUUUGUAA